CGUAAUAUUUGCUGUGUAUAAAUAGCGAGCUCCUUUGCAUUAUCUGUACGACACGGCAGUUGCACAGUGUAGUCCAGACCCACCACGAAAAUGCUGAGAAUCAUCUCCCUCGCCUGUAUCGUUGCCUCUGUCCUCGGUGACUACUACCCUAAACAAUACGGAUACGGCAAUGAUGACUACUACCCUAAAGGCUACGGAAACGUCCCCUAUAGUCCCUAUGGUCCCUAUGGUCCUUAUGUUCCUUAUGGUCCUUCUGGUAACGUGGGAGGAUUGAGCGCUGGAGGUUUGAACACUGGAAUUAUCGGCUCUGGAGGUUUGAACACUGGGAUCCUUGGUGUUGGAGGUGGAUCAGCUGCUGCUGCCGCCGCCGCAGGAAAUGCUGCUGCUGCUGCCGCCGCCGCAGGAAAUGCUGCUGCUGCCGCCGCUGCUGCUAAUGGAAACGGAGCUGCUGCUGCAGCUUCUGCCGCUGGUGGAAACUUCGGCAUUUCUCCAUACAGCUCCUACUUCCCUGGGAACUACCCAAUCUACUACCCAAACUACUACCCACAAUACUUCUCACAAUACUCCCGCAUUAACCCCUACUUAGGCUUCCCACGGUUUGGUCUCGGAGGAGGGUCUGCUGCCGCUAGCGCCGCUGCUGCUGGAAAUGGUGCCGCUGCUGCCGCCGCCGCCGCUGGACAGAAUGCUGCCGCCGCCGCCGCCGCUGCUGCUGGUAAUAGAAACGCUGCCGCCGCUGCUUCCGCCGCAGGUGGAUUUCGUGGAUUCAACAAUGGCAUCAUCUUAGGAGGAUCUCGACCUAUCUUCGGCGGAAGAACUCGCAAGGUGAGUUAUUCAUCAGAUACACUGUCUACUGAAAUAAAAUGAUGAAAAUUGGUUCAAAAUAUGAUAAACAUCUCUUUUAUUUUAAAUGCAAGUAUUAAUAACUGAAAGAAUGUUAAAUAUACGUAACAUUGUUUUUCUUUUUGAUUAUUUCAGGUUUACUAAAUCAAUUCCUUUGGAACGUUAUUUAAUGGUAUACAUUGUCAUCUGUUUGUCUGAAUAAAUAAUGUUAAACAAA